AUGAAGUUCCUCAAGGUCGGCCGAGUCGCCAUCAUCACCCGCGGCCGAUAUGCCGGCAAGAAGGUCGUCAUCAUCCAGCCCGUCGACAACGGCAACAAGCCUCACCCCUUCGGCCACGCCGUCGUCGCCGGCAUCGAGCGCUACCCCUCCAAGAUCACGCGCCGCAUGUCCAAGACCCGCCAGGAGAAGCGAUCCAAGAUCAAGCCCUUCAUCAAGGUGAUCAACUACAACCACCUGAUGCCCACACGGUACACCCUCGAGCUGGAGGGCCUCAAGGGCGCCAUCUCCGGCGAGACCUUCAAGGAGGUUUCCCAGCGCGAGGAUGCGAAGAAGACCGUCAAGACUGUGUUGGAGGAUCGCUACAAAAGCGGCAAGAACCGCUGGUUCUUUACCCCUCUGCGAUUUUAA